GUUUGUCUGUGACACAAUUUGAAUUAACAAAAACGACAAUAUGGCAGCCGCACUUAAUAUUAUACGCCAGAGCUUAUUUGCUGGCAGCCCAAGAUUUACAGAAAAUGAUUUACCCGAUCUUAAGGGCAAAGUAAUUGCUAUCACAGGGUCAAACACUGGCGUUGGGAAAGAAAUUGCCAAGAUGGUCUACAGCAAGAAUGCAAAGGUCUACUUGUUCGCACGUACAGCAACAAAAAAUGAAAGGGCUCGUGACGAGAUCAAAGCUGCCUUCCCAGAGUCACGAGGCGAAUUGAUAUGCAUUCAACUCGAUCUCGCCGACCUCGAUAGUGUUAAAGCAGCGGCUGCAGAGUUCGUCAACAGGGAAGAUAAGCUUCACGUUCUUUUUAACAAUGCAGGCGUUGGCUUCCCUGAGUACUGCUCCAAGACCAAACAAGGAUACGAACUCCAAUUAGGAGUCAACUGUCUCGGUAGCUUUGCUCUGACCGAGAGAUUGACACCGGUAUUGGUCGAUACUGCAAAGACAUCUUCACCAGGGACUGUUCGCGUGGUUUGGGCAUCGUCAACUGCUGCCUUCUGGACUUCCACGAAGAAGUACAUAGAACGAGUCAAAACCACCAACAAGCAGAGCUUAUUUCAGCAAUAUGCGAUUAGUAAGCUUGGAAACUACUACCAUGCCACAGAAUAUGCUGCACGCUAUAAAAACGAUGGUAUCAUCUCUGUGCCGCUCAACCCCGGCAAUCUUGACUCGGAGCUUUGGCGCACCCAGGGUAAAAUUCUGACUUGGAUUCUUCGAAAAACUGUUUUCUAUCCUCCGCGCUACGGCGGGUACGUUAAUAUUUUUGCCGGUUUCUCUCCUGAAGUGACUCUCGAGAACUCGGGCAGAUUCAUUUCACCGUGGGGAAGGUUAUGGCAUGCACUUCCAGCUAUGGUAAAAGGAUCAAAGACAGAGGCUGAAGGGGGAACUGGCCAUGCGAAACGGUUCUGGGAGUGGACUGAGGAACAAGUCUCACAAAAUGCGACUGCCAAAGAGCCCCUUGGGUAGUGGUUGUCGAAGAGGGCAAACAUAAGGUAAUUUGUUAUUUUUUGGCAAUGAUUUCUGGCCGCCGUUGUUCAGAGUUGGUAAGACUUGAAGUUAUACUUACAUAUAUCAAGCCAAAAGCAUGAGUCAGUUUAGUUGUAUUCAGUGGAUCUCCAGUGGUUGUUUACUCUCCCUAAGGAAAUAAUGCAAUUGGCGGACUAGUGUCCCUGAUCUCAUAUAUUUCUCUGUCAUCUAUACAGACAGUCACUUACGUAGUUCACUAAGAAUUGUUUUACAAGCGAGGG